GGGCACCCUGAUCAUUGCCGCCAGAAAAAUCUCUCACUGCCUGAGAUCUCUGGGCGCUACGAUCCACGAGUCACACCUUGGCUUUGUACCUGCCUGAGCUCUCUGAGCAAUGCGGUCGGUGCCACGCGAUGGUUUUAUCACUGCCUCAGCUCUCUGGGCACUCCGAUCCGUGCUACACCGUGGCUCUGUCGCCGCUUCGGCCCUCCGGGCCCUCCGAUCGGUGUCGGCAGAGAAUCUUUCAGUGCCUGAGCUCUGAGCAUUGUGAUCGGUGCCACAAGAGGAUGUGUCACGGCCUGAGCUCUCUAUGUAUUACGAUCAUUGCCACGCCGUGACUGUCACCUGUCGAGCUCUCUGGUAACUACGAUCGCUGCAAUACCCUGCCUCUGUCACCUGUCGAGCUGUCUGGGCACUGCGAUCUGUGCCACACGGUACCUCUGUCGUCUGUCGACCUGUCUGGGCACAGUGAUCGGUGGCACACGAUGACUGUGGCACUAGCUCAAGCUCUCUAUGCAAACUGAUCGGUGGCAUAGCCUGACUCUGUCAGCCACCGUGUGGCUGUGUCGCUGCUCGACCUCUCUGGGCAGUGCGAUCGGUGCCACAGCGUGACUUUGUCCCUGCCUGAGCUCUCUGGACACUGCGCUGCCCCCGCUCCGCGCUCCUGCCUUGCCGUGCUCUGGCUUCUGAGAAUCCUGCCACUUCCCCGGGGGCCGCUGGCAAUGGGGUUCACCCCAAGCGCCCCUUAAAUUAUGCCUCGGUCCCGGAGCAGAGGCGGAGCGAAGGAGGCGGCUCGGAAGACUCGAAGCGGCGCGGGUGCCGCCCACUGACUGCAUUAAGCGCUUUAGCGCUCUAAGAAAUGCGAUCGGUGCCGCCACAGAAUCUGUCCCUGCCUGGGCUCUCUGGGCACUGCAAUUGGUGGUACACAGGCUCUAUCCCUGCCUCAGCUCUGUGGACACUAUAUUUUUCCCAAGAAGUGACUUCAUAGAUUCCUGAGCUGUCUGGGCACACCAGUUGCUCCUACCCUGGUGGCCCUGUCACUGCCUCAACCUUCAUCAGCCUCUUCUGGAUGUCAGGGUUUCCAGACUGAGGAUACAUGUUCUCUGGAGUCAUUUUACUAGACUGUGGUGAAAUAUGGGAUGCAUCUGCUCUAAUUCUGCCUGGCUUGUUCAUUGGCAACUUUAAAGAUGCCCGAGAUGUAGAGCAAUUGAGUAAGAAUAACAUUACGCACAUUCUUUCAAUCCAUGACAGUGCCCGCCCUAUGCUUGAGGGAAUGAAGUAUCUGUGCAUUCCUGCUGCUGACUCACCCUCGCAGAACUUAGCAAGGCAUUUCAGAGAGAGCAUCAAAUUUAUCCAUGAGUGCCGACUCACAGGUGAAGGCUGCUUAGUUCACUGCCUUGCAGGUGUCUCCAGGAGUGUCACACUGGUGGUUGCCUACAUCAUGACCAUCACAGACUUUGGCUGGGAAGAUGCACUGUCUGUUGUCCGUGCAGCAAGGUCCUGUGCCAAUCCAAACAUGGGCUUCCAGAGACAGCUGCAGGAGUUCGAAAAACAUGAUGUUGAUCAGUUCAGGCAGUGGCUGAAAGAAGAAUAUGGGGAAAACUCUUCUCAGGAUCUGCAGGAAGCCAAAAAUCUUCUGAGCAAAUACAAAGAGCAGGCAGAGUUGCAUCAGACUACUGGAGGAAGGCAGUGGAAUAACAACUUCUCAUCUGUGCCAUCACUCUCAUACAGCAACUACACAACAGAGACCUAGUUGCAAGAGGUCGAUUUUUUUUUUCUUUCUACUUUUGCAAAACAUCUUGCCAUGUUUUUCAUCCCAUCUUCAAGAUUUUCAGCAGUGAACCAUGCAAACUGUUGAUUUAUAGAAAGCUUCUUGAUGACAUUAUGUGUGUGUGUGUAUGAGUGUGUUUCACACAAGUUGGUAAUUCGGGCAGGAUCAAGCUGUUUAUGCCCAGGGACAGGAUCCAGUUACUGUGGCUGAGGCAGUUUGCCAGCCACAGCUAUGUCCCCUUCUGCCCACAUUGCCUGGCAUUUGCUGUGAGGUUAGCUCAACUCCUCUUGUUGUAGGCUAGCAAAGGGCUUGGAGAGAUGAAGUCUGGUGAUUCAAGCUGUGGCAGUUUGGCAUCUCUGCAGUCGUAGUGUGGCAAAGGUGUUAACUGCACCUGAAGAAGGGAACUCAAGUCUGUGUCUCUGCUGCUCCUGUUCACAGUCCAUUGGCAGGAAAUAGCGUGGAGGUGGGCAUGAGCUGGAGUGCAGGCUGAAAGCUGGAGCAGGUGAGACGGGGCCCAAGUACCUUUCCCCAGCAGUGGCAUCUAGGAGAGAAGUGGGACAGACAGCUCUGAGUAAUAACACCUUCAACCGCCACAGCUGUCUUUGCUUCAGUGCCUGUGAGACUGAGCUGUCGGCAGAGCUGCCACAGACCAAGAGUGCCCAGGCUGUUACCACAGCUCAGCUGAUGUGCAGUGAUUUAAGCCGUGGUCCCUUGACUUUGCAUCUGGUCUCCCAACAUAAGCUUUUCUGGAACAUAGUUGAUCAUGUCUCCAGAGCCACUGAACUCCAUUCCCCACGGAACAUGUGCCUCUUCAGCACACGCCCCUGCGCACACCAUAACGCGUCUCCAAAGAGUGGGCUCGGUGUGAGUGCGAGCACCUGUUUCUUUGCUUGUGCUGUGGUUUGCUCUUUGACUUCAGCUACCUCAAAAAUGCUGUUCUUGUCAUUGUGGUUGUAAAUGCAACCUUGAAAAUUGCCUUGUGUAAUCUUAAUCUAACACUGAGUGAAGUAAGUGGGUGCGUGUGUGUGCGAGAGUGCGUGUGCACGUAUAUUUCAAAAUGUCUGUAUAUGAGAAGUUUAUUGUUUUCUUUUAAAAUUGCCCAUAUUUCUCACUGGUUUAAAGAUUGAGUUGUUGGAAUUCAACUUUCCUGCCAUUUAAACACCACUAUAUAUUUUGCUGUGAUCAGAUUUAUGGGAAUGCAUUUGUACAAUAUGUUUUAAACUAGACUGAAACUAGGGGCCGUACUCUGCUCUUGUAAUGUUGUGUGUUUCUGGAAUGGAGCCAUUGCCUGACUCAAGUGGCUUGAAAAAGUGUCACUUCAAACAUGUCAAUAGGGAUGCUGGGCAGUGUAUUGAUUUCUAAUGGUGUAAUAUGGGGUGGCCCUGAUGUCAAGAUCAUGAUUUCUUGUCUUUGACUUGAAGGAUGGAAGGCCCACUUUUCUUGAAGAUUCUAGAAAAUAAAAAGUACCACCCAAACAGCCAAGAUAGAAAACUAAACCCAAACCCUUCAUUUGUUCAAGUGUGGUGUAUAUCAUGCUAAAAGCUGAGCACUGAGUGAGAAGCCAUCAGCAUACUAAGUAGUAUCCAAAUUGUGUCUCUUUCAAUUCCUUUGGUACUCUGGCCUCCCAUUCCUUCACAAGAUUCCUCUACAUGUGAUUUCCUGCUUGCAGGUGGCAGUGUAUUCUUUGGAUUGGGAACAAGGCUUUUGGGCCAAGUAAACUGGCUGUUAAAUAUCUGUUGUUAAGUAUCUUAAAAAAAUAUGUUAUGGCUUGUGAAAUACGGGUCCUGCAUAUCAAUAAUUGCCUAAAAGGAAAAAAGGGAAUGGGGUGGAACUGACCUGUCCAUUUCAUCUGAGAUCAAGCCUGCAUCAGGGUUCUCAUUGCACUAAGUGCUUGAAGUGUACUGAGCAUGAUGAGAGCAAGAUAAUCAUGUCUUUGUUGCAGUAAGGGAUGUUGCUGGAUUUGGGAAAAUUGCUGGAACUGACCUUGUUUUCAAGCUUGCAGUUAAAUGAACCACUGCCUGUUUGGUAUAUCCAGCAGUUGCUCUGUGAUUGCCUGGUAAGAAAGGUAUUUAGCUGUUUCUGAAGAUAUUGAUCUGCAAAUAAUAGUCUGGUUAACAAUUCCAGCCCAGCAGUGUCCACACUGGCAGUCCCUUCUGUGCUCUGAGGGUAGAUGUAAUAAUUGGAAAAUGUUUUCCUCGGUAACAGGGUCUGACACACCUUCAGGAUGUGGGUCCGUUUGUUCAACUCUCUACUCAUAAUAGGAUAUGUAGGGCAGCAUCAGCCCAUCCCCAGAGGGCAGCUUUGUCAGAAGUAUUCUGCCUAUGGUCUUGCAGGCAUCCAGCCAGUCCUUCCUGUAGCUGGCUGCCAACACUGUGUAUCCUAUAACACUCCUGUCCUUUCAGUAGUAAUGCUGUGGGUGCUGGUAAGUUGCCAGUUUUUUUACUGUUCUGACACAUACAAGGCAGAAUAGGAGAUAUCUGUUAAUUUUCAUGUGUCCAAGAUUAACCUGCAUUGCUUUUUUUUUAAUUGUUUGGUUAUGUCCAAAGAGUCAGUCCCCUGAACAGGAUUUUUUUUGGAACUGAGUUUGGCUUUAGGGCCAUAUAGCAAACAUCAGUGUGCGUUAUGCUGCAGCUCCAAAGCAGAUACAGGGUAAGCUGGGAAGACAGAGGGAAUGCCACACUGUCAGUGAGUGGAAGUGCUUCUCUCUUUUUGAAAGGCAGAAAGGGUAUUUUCUGCAGUGUCUGCCUUCAACAUCUUCUGUAGUGGUCAGUGUGUACUGCAUACUGCAGGUAAGAGCAGUAUAAGAGCAACAGCAGUCUAAGACAACUUGAAUCUGGUUUGUCCAUGUAGAGAGCAGAACGAUGGUUUAUUCCCUAAUUACCACAAGUGCAGAAGAGAGAGCUACAGUUCUCACCUUUAGCCUUUUAGAGAGGGAGAGGAGCUAACUCAGACUGAGAAUGUGACAUGAUUUGUCUUCCAACCAGCCUUUCAGUGGCAAUUUGUAGAACUUUCCAGCUAUCUGGAGCAUGACUAGACUCAAUUCACCUCUUAGUAGUUGGCCUUUGUAAUGUAGAUGAUGCAUUCAGUUAUUUUGUUUCUGUAUUUCAAAACACUGUCCUCAUUUUGAUGUUCACUGGAAGAUGUAUAAAGUUUAUAACACCUUAUUGGAUAUCCAGAUUUCAAAUGUAUAAUCAAUUUUUUUGGGGGCUAAACUUGAUAUCCAUGUGUGAUUAUAAGCAAAUGUCUAGUGUUUUAGAAUGUAGGUAAUGGAUAAAUGCAUUAAUAGUAUUUAUUACUCAGUUUUUUAACCUGGAAAAAGUUGCUUCCUUACAUUUUGUUGUUGAAUGGGAAGAUAUGGCAAAUCAUAUCUGUUUUUUAAAAGGGAUAAUAACUUUGGUUGCUAUAAUGGCCACCGCCUAUAAAAAUGUCAGUGAAAAAUUAUAGCAAUUAUUCCACUAGUUUAAAAAUUCUAAAUCUGCUAAGCUUCUUGAUUCUCUGUCUUCCUCUUCCUGGGCGUCUUAGUGAAGCCUUGAUUACUUUUUCCAAAUGUUUGUAUUUAAUACGUUCUACAAUUUUUUUAUAAAUAAAAUUAAAUGUUAACACCUGA